GACGAUUCAAGGCCAGAGUCCAAUCUUCAGCAUUUCCUUUUUCCAAGUUUUCAGGAACUUUCUAUUGAGCGCUUAGAUCUUCUCUCGCGGUCUGUUUCGGGUCUCGUGAUCAUCUGUCUGUCGCUUCUGCGUCCAGCAAGCGGGUCACCGGUGUCAUUUCUCAAGCUCCUGUUACUGCCUGCUAUGCUCCACCUCUUCACCAUACACCUCCCGACCUCGCUCCGCUGACGCACCGCUGCGUCCCUGUCCCCUUUUACCUGCGUAUCAAACCAAGUGACAGCUCUGGGCCAUAUCUUACCAUAUCCUGAGCUCCGUCGAUCAUGUCUCCCCGCUCCGCCGGCGGAAAGACUGCCCCGCGGCUCCUUCACGAUCUCACCACGUACGACCCAAGGUAUGAGGCGCGCGCUGGCCGUAACCUCCUGACUACAUCUCCUCCACACUUCGAUCCUAAUGCAGAGCCUACACCCGCCGUACCGUACCGAAAUUGUAGGCACAACCUUAUGCUCAAGCCCGAACAGAGCCAAGAACCGAACGUGGGACUGGACCCUCAAUACGAUACUGUGUACAAAGUUGCAUCAUUCUGCCAGAACUGCCGGUGGCAUAUAGACGUGGUGGUAGAUUUUCGAUGUGAUGGAAGGGAAACGCCUUGUUCGAAAGAAAACAAGCACCCAUUGCAUCAUUUCGUCUUUCGCACCGAGGACACGGAUUCGGAUAAUGCUUUUGGAAGUGCUCAAGUCCCAAGGGUUUUUCACUUUCAGUGCUCCGGCCCACAAUGUCCCGUUGCGCUGCAGAUCCGCAUGCGCCCACCGCGAUUCAAUGAUGAGCACAUCUCCUUGAUGACGAAUUCGGCACGCUUGAGGCAAAGGCUGGAGACUGCAAAACAGCUCGCUGGCGAACGUGCCGAUGCAAACAUGGCGAGGCCCGUGGAUGCAUUAGACUUCCUUACCACGUAUCUCACAGACGCGCUGAAACCUCAGCCUGGGAAGGGUCGGAUCCCUUUGUUGAACAGAAAGUUUCUCAAGACAUUUGGCAAGGAUUGUGAUAAUAUCUUGACUGGUCUGGGAUUUUCACAUGCCGUGGAGAAAUCUGAAGAGGGUGAAGAGGCCCAGGUCUGGCACCUGCCCAGGCCUCCGCCCGCAGGCAACCCGCUGGAUGUCGAUACCGAACGAACCGUGAUAGAAGAUGCCAGAUACGAACUAGGAGUUCUGUUAUUGGGAUUUCCAGAAAAUGAGCGGGUCGGAAUUAGGAAUUCGCCCGUUCUUCCCCACCCUGCCAUCAAGAUAGUCGAAAGGGCCUUAGGCUGUGAGGACUAUGGAAAGAAAGCUGCUCUUGGCACACGCAACUCUGAUCACGAAGAAGAUCAUCCCUACUAUGCUGGGCUAGGCACUGUGGGUGAUUUCUCUGAUGAUCUACUCUUGUUCGCAUAUAACUGUCAAUUCCGCGUUGACAAGGAUAAUGCGACAUACUACUUUGAGUGCUUACAAUCGAUUGCCAUAGGGAGGAAUAGCGAAUGGCUCAACAUGGAAGUGAUGACCCUGGCAUCGAAAGGCCAGGUCAACCGCGCCGAGCUCAGAAACGCAUAUCAGUACUUCGGUAUCAACCCGCGUGAUGCUGACUACAUCAGCGAUGAACACGUCCUGCAAAAUUUCAGAAGUCGCCUUCCUGAUAUCGGUCCCGGCCAGGACGAGGAAGCUCGAAAUGUUCUUCGUAUAAUAGGCAACGCCCGCAACAGUGAUAGACUCAGACAAGAGGCGUCCAAUGCCUUUGAAACAUACGAACAAGCUAUGUCUUGGCUGGGCCUAGACGAAAAUCAAGCGGACGACUUCGUUAUAACCAUGUAUUCUAUGAAGAAAGAUGAGAAUGGUGCAGAAGUUGCACGCAAAGCUGUAGAGAUUAUUGCCGAAGCACGCAAUAGCGAGUUUCUACGGGACUAUCUCCGAACGGGAGAGUUGAGAGCGCAGCAGAUGGAUGUGGGCGAAGCCUACGCACUUCUCGGUAUUAGCAACCGGACCGAACGACUCGACCCUGAGAUCCUGAAAGUCAAUAAGAUGUACUUGAUUCUAGACCGACCAGGCGAUGAAGCCAAAUUCGAAGAGGCUUAUCGAUUAGUGUCUGAUGACCAGAGCAAAAACCCGGGACUCUCACUAAGCAGUACACGGCCAGCUUAUCCUUUAGAAACCUGGCCUGUCGGUUGCCUCAACAUCGGCAAUACCUGCUACUUGAACAGUGUCCUGCAAUUUCUCUUCACCAUCAAGCCCUUGCGGAACAUGGUCCUCGAUUGCGAGCAGCAUCUUCAGACAGUAUCUCAAGAGGCCCUGGAAGGCAAAAGGGUUGGUCGCAGCGAUGUGACUGUCGCGAAGGUAGAGCAGGCACAGCGUUUCAUACACGAACUAAGGAACCUAUUUCAACGCAUGGUGACUGCGAACACUAGCUCAAUCCGUCCCGAGAUCAAAUUAGCGGCAUUGGCUCUUUCCAAAGAUGCGGAUCUCAAUCUGCCAAAUUCGAACCAUAUAGAGGAUUCGGGAUUGGGCGAGCUGGGUGGCGAGCCAGUCUUCGGUCCAAUGCCUGCACCCGAAACCAAUGAUUCGGCCAUGAAGGAGGACAACAGUGACUCAUCCUCAACGGUUGCUGAGGCUGAUACGGAUGGCGACCACCUUAUGGAAAUGAACGAUCUCGUUGGCGAGGCAGCAAUCGACGAAGGGGAGAAACCUCCUCUACCAAACCGUCCUCCACCCAUCCCUCCAAGGCCACAGGACAUGAAAAAGAUUGAGAGUCUGGCCCAGCAACAAGAUGCUGCAGAGAUUCUGAACAAUGUUUUCGAUCUGCUCUCCUGCGCGAUCCAAGGUGAAGGCGUUCUGGAUGAUGGAGAGCAACAAGACCUGGUCAAGCGACUAUUCUUCUCUAGUGUCACUGCUGUGAGGAACACGAACGGCACCAUUGUUCGUAAGAGCGAUCUACAAGACAACCAUCUCAUCUCCCCUGGCAAUCGCGAUCGUCCUCUGUAUGCCGCCUUGGAUGACGAGUUUAGCUUGUCGGAGCAAGAGCCUGAAAUGAAGGAUGGCAAGGCAAUCAUACCCACGAAAUAUGAGGUCAUAGAUCAUGCUUCGCCAGUUCUGAUUAUUAACGUGCGACGACUGGUUUACGAAGGGGGUCGCAGUAGGAAGGACACCUCUCAUGUACAGCUUGACGAUCUCUUAUAUUUGGAUCGUUAUCUGAAACAGACGAAGUCGCUCAGCGAAGCAGAGGUUUUAGAGCUCCGUGAGAGGCAAUGGGAACUUCGCCGAAAGUUGAGGGAGUUGGAAGCUAGAAAGAAAGAGCUUAAGGAGACGGAGGUGAAGACCGACCUUGCCGCUGCCGUCGAAGAAACAGCGACUCUUAUUGAAGACUUCACCAAGGCCGAUGACGACCAGUUGAUCGAUGUGGAUGAUGACCCGUUGCCUAGGUAUACCGAACUCGCCGAUGGGCUCAAGGAGCGAGCGAAGGAGCUUGAGGAUGAAGCAAAAGCCCUCGAUGAGCGACUCAAAGACAUUGAUGGCCAAGUCGACGGAGUCUUCGACAAGUAUAGAGACCACGGUUACAGACUCCACAGUAUCUUCAUGCACCGGGGAGGACCUGGUGGUGGUCAUUAUUGGAUCUACAUUUACGAUUUCCAGGAGAAGAUCUGGAGAGAGUACAACGACGAACGAGUCAGCAAGGUGGAAGACCCACAAAAGAGUAUUUUUGAACAGGAAGAGAAAUAUCCGGGAACAUCGACCGGUGUCGUAUACGUUCAGGAGGAUAUGAUUGAUGGUCUGACUGAAGCAGUCCAUCGAGUACCUGAGCCGUUACUGGACCAAGAUGUGGAGAUGGGCGAAGUCAAGGAUACAGACUACAGCCAAGUGCAGGUGAUUGAUGGGAUCGAGGCAUCGUAGUUGGAGUGAAGCGUAUCGACAUCCUUGAAACUGAAAGGAUUGCGAUUCGACUCAUCCGGACUGAUUGAAUUAUGUUUGACAACGAUGAGCAUUAGCGACGGUCAAUGGGAAGUUCACUGUUACGGGUGUUUGUACGGGUUAUAGAAGCAUGUAGUACACGAAGUUCGAAUUGCUGGGGUUUGGGGUUUUCUGUGACUGACGUGUCUAGCAUAGCAAUGGUUGCUGCUUACGGGUUACAAAAGGAUAAGAAGGAGUAGAUACCCAUUAUUCUCACGAAGAAUAUGUUCAUUCUCUGAUGCUGCUUAAGUAGUAAUGGUGAAUGACUAUGUGAUAUGAAAUUUA